AUGAGCAACAAAAGUGACGUUGAACAGAACUUUUUUGCUGAAAUCGACGAGCUCUCGGCCGAUUUCUCGGCUCGCUCGAUUUCGGCGGCGCUCGAGACGGUGGAGGCGAUGAAGCUGGACCAAAUUCCAGCCCAACAUCGAUGUGGAGUUUUGAGACGUCAUGCUGAGUAUUUGUAUAUGAUGAGCAACUACGCCACAAUGAAAGAGAAGCGAGUGGAGAUGUUGGAGAAUGCAUACAAAAAAGCUCGCCAAGGACAUGUGAUGGACCCGAAUGACUUUGAAUGUGCCAAAAUUCUGUGCUCCACUUGUGGCCGAUUGGCUGAGGAGAGCUCUCUGAAGAAGAAAUUGGAUUACGGUUUUAAAUUUAAGACCUAUUUGGACGAAGCGAUCGCAAUUAAUGAUCAAGAUUUCGAGUUGUGUCAUAUGAGAGGCAGAUUUUGUUAUACGGUUGCCUCCCUCUCAUUUGUGGAACGUUGUGCCGCAAAAGUGAUCGGUCAAAUUCCUGACGUCUCUUAUCAAAUGGCUCUUGACGAUCUUCUGAAAGCAGAUCAUCUGGAAGAAGGCGUUGCUGAAAAUCAGCUAUUCAUCGGAAAAACCUAUUUGGCUAUGGGCAAUUUGACGGCUUCCAACACUACAGAAGUGCCAGUGGAGCAAGAAUACGUUGACGAGGCUGUAGCUCUACUUGAAGACAAAAAACUGAAAUCUGUGAAGAUUUGA